AGGAGAAAGAGAAGGUGUAUCAUGAGGCCUUUUAGCGUUUCUCUUCUGCUUUUGGCUCUCCUGCAAUGUCUGCCUUGUAUCUGCUCUCAAUCUACAGAAAUUGGCAGUGGUUUUGAUGAGGAUGAGUAUAAUAUUUCUUCUCUAUCGUCCACUAGUAGUAUGAGUAUAGUUACUUCUACUAGCAUCGACUUUUCAAUGCUUUUCUCAUCUUCAUCCAGUCAAAGCAGCUCACUUCAUACAUUGUUCAGUAGUACAAUGGAUGCUUCAUUGUUGGGUGCUACCAUUAGCCGAUUGUCUACUUCAUUUGAUGCUACAAUUAGUCCAUCAUUCAGUAUUUUAUUGGAUGCUACUUUUAGUCCAUCAUUUAGUCUAUUGGAUGCUACCAUUAGUCCAUCAGUUACUUCAUUGGAGGCUGCCAUUAGUUCAUUGGGUGCUACUGUCACUCCAUUAGUUAGUUCAAUAGAUGCUAGUCCAUCAGUUACUUCGUCAGUUGCUGCCAUUAGUCCAUCAGUUACUUCAUUAGAUGCUACCAUUAGUCCAUCAGUUACUUCAUUGGAUGCUGCCAUUAGUCCAUUGGUUAGUUCAUCGGGUGCUAAUGUCAAUCCAUUAGUUAGUUCAAUGGAUGCUACUCCAUCAGUUGCUGCCAUUAGUCCAUUAGUUACUUCAUCAGAUGCUACCGUCAGUUCAUCAGUUAGUUCAAUGGAUGCUCCAUCAGUUACUUCAUUGGUUGCUAGUCCAUCCGUUAGUUCAUCAGUUGCUACCAUCAGUCCAUCAAUAGUUUCUCCAUCACCUGAAGCAGUCAUGAGCUCUUUGGAUGAUAUUCUCUUCAGUUCAGUGGAUUUGGAUGCUACAUCUUCAGUCGCUACACUGGAUCUCAUUGCUUCUUCUUCUCCAGUUAUUUCUGUCACGACAAGCUCUUCAUUUAUCAGCAUCACUGAUGUCGAGUUUACAACAACACAAACUGAUUCUGUAUCUACAAUCCAUUCAUUUUCUAUUGGUAUUCCAUCAACAACCACUAGCAUAACCAGCAACAUCAGUAGUACAGUAUUUGAUGUUUCUUCUAUAGUGUCUAGUCUCGUUAUUUCAGUUACUGAUUUAAGUUCAACAUCACUUGAUGUCACCAGCAGUUAUCUUACAACAAGACCUGAUGUCACCAGUACUUCUCUUGCUACAACACUUAAUGUUACCAGUACUUCUCUUGCUACAACACUUGAUGUUACCAGUACUUCUCUUGCUACAACACUUAAUGUUACCAGUACUUCUCUUGCUACAACACUUAAUGUCACCAGUACUUCUCUUGCUACAACACUUAAUGUUACCAGUACUUCUCUUGCUGCAACACUUAAUGUCACCAGUACUUCUCCUGCUACAACACUUAAUGUUACCAGUACUUCUCCUGCUACAACACUUAAUGUCACCAGUACUUCUCUUGCUACAACACUUAAUGUUACCAGUACUUCUCUUGCUACAACACUUAAUGUUACCAGUACUUCUCUUGCUACAACACUUAAUGUCACCAGUACUUCUCUUGCUGCAACGCUUAAUGUCACCAGUACUUCUCUUGCUACAACACUUAAUGUCACCAGUACUUCUCUUGCUGCAACACUUAAUGUUACCAGUACUUCUCUUGCUACAACACUUGAUGUUACCAGUAUCAGUUCUCUUACUAUUCAAAAUGGCAGCAAUGUCACUCUAACUUUGAAUGGUCGCAAUGUUUCCCUGGAUUCCUUUGAGAGUGUUAUAGCGUCGCCCACUCCUUCUCCAACAGUCACGCCUACUUCAUCAACCACACCUCCUGUUAAUACACCUGGUUCUACUACUACACCAACCGAUGAUGGUGGGCUGACCUCUGGAGCCAUUACUGGUAUUAUAUUGGCCUGUUUGCUGGGGUUCCUUAUAGUGCUUGUUGUUGCUGUGGCUGUUAGCUAUUUUGUAUACACAAGAGCUGGAAAGAUUAAGAGUUAUUCAUUCAAUAAUGGACAUGUAAGUUAA